UGGGGAAAGGAAGAGCUCCGUGUUGUGAUAAAGACAAAGUGAAGAGAGGUCCAUGGAGUCCCCAAGAGGACUUGAGGCUUAUCACUUUUAUUCAGAAACAUGGCCAUGAAAACUGGAGAGCUCUCCCUAAACAAGCUGGUUUGUCUUUUCUCUCUCUCUCUGUGAAAAAAUCAACAUUUUUUUUCUGAUUCUCUUCUGCUUGUUGAAUUAACCAAUGGAAUUCAUAUUUGUUUCAAUACUGCCAACAAAAUUUUAAACUCCUAACUCAGGUUUCUUCAAUGGUCAUCAGACUCAUCACCUAUUGCUCUGUUCUGCUUUCUCUUCACAUUCUCACUUUUGUUGGUCUUUCAACCAAGUUUACAAACCACCCUUUUGUUCAAUUCUCUCAAUUUUCCAUAUGAACAAAGAAGGUUGCAGAUUAAUCUGCAAAGCUUUUGCUGUUUUGUCUGAAAAAGUUGUGGGCACUCUGGCUGGUUACUGUUUUUCCAGGAAAUGAUUUGAUGGCAAAUCUGCAAUGAAGUAAUUGUUCAAAUCCCAAUUUCUUAUCAAUUGUUAACCUUAGUAUUUAAAAAGAUUGUGAUACAGUGAAAUGUUUCUUUGUAAAAAAAAAGCUCAGAAUCACCCCAUUUAACAAUAUGAGCAUACAUGUAAUGCAUGCAUGCAUGCCAUUAUGCGAACCACUUAAAUUAAUUCAUCAAUAUUAGUUGAAAGAAAUGUUUGGAUUUGUUUUGGUAAGAACUAUGAAGUUUGGUUUUGACAUAAUUUUUAUAUAUUUUUCUAAAUUUCCUUUUGUUGUUGGUGUUUGGCCAAUUUUGUUGAAAUGACACGGUCAAUGCAGGAAUAUACUUUUCCUUUGUUUUUUAAUGUUCCACCUAAAAUAUAGUGGCAGCUUAACAAAUAACAAUUGAGUGUCAAAAUCAGAUUUUCACAAGGCCACUACUUGCUAAUUCUUUCUUCCAUUUUGUUUUACAUUCAAAAGUUGAAGAAUUACUGAACCAAGAACUUAGCCGAAUUGGUUCAUGAAGUCCCCCUUAAAAGGGCUACUGAGAUGUGGAAAGAGUUGCCGUUUAAGAUGGAUUAAUUACCUGAGACCAGAUGUCAAAAGAGGGAACUUCAGCAAAGAGGAAGAAGAAACUAUAAUAAGAUUACAUGAGACUUUGGGAAAUAAGUGGUCCAAAAUUGCAUCACAUUUACCAGGAAGAACCGACAAUGAGAUAAAGAAUAUGUGGAACACUCAUUUGAAAAAGAGAUUGGCUCCAAAGAAUGGGAAGAUUCCUCAAAAUGAUGAAUCCAAAGAAACUUGUAUGGUCUCAUCAUCAUGCUCUUCUAUUACAUUUGUGUCAUCACCAUGUGGCAAAAGAAACUUAGAGGUUGAACUUGAGCAACAAUGGCAUGAAGGGUCUCCAAGCAAAAAGCCCAGAGAGGGAUUUCCUGUAUCAGACAAAGCAGAAGACUACAAAACUGAGGUACCAAGCCAUAACAGCCGCCCAUUUGAGGAACCAAAAGAGUUUCCAAGUUCAUCAAUCUCUUCCAGCAACUCCAACAUCACCAAUUCCAGUCAGGUUAAUGUUCCAAACCCAGAAAAUCAUGGAGAUUCACUGUUAAACUUCGUUGGAGUUUGUGAUUGGAAGAACAACACAUCAGAGGAAGUGAACAAACCAGAGAUCCUAAAUACUGCAUUUGAUAUCCCAUUGGAGUCUGAUUCAGACUUUUGGGACAUGUUGGAUAGCUUAGGAUCAUUCCAGCCUGAUGAGAUCCAAUCAAAUGAAGUUGAAGGCAACCAGAGCCCAGAUUUUGGAGAAGAAUACAGCAAAGAAAAUGAAAAUAACAAGUGGUUGCAGUACUUGGAAAUUGAACUUGGUCUGGAAGUAACCAAAAAUGAAAACCAUAACAAUUUGUCAAACACCGCUGCUGAGCCACUGGUUCCUGAGAUGUAUGACAUGCUACUGAAGCCAUAAGCUGAUAUGGGAAUAAGUCAUUAUCACAUUCUGAAUCAAAUUCAAAACUGUAGUUUGACUAUACCUUUGUUAUAAAUUUAGUAGGCUUUCCUAACUUGAUCCAUUAAAUUAGGUCUUUUAGAUGUAUGAUUGAUGAAACUUUAAAAAUAUAUAUUCAUCUCAUCUUUUAUCGUUC